GAGAGAAGGCGCCGCGGACCGGAAGCGGAGGCGGAAGUGCGGCGCGUCGGGGCCGCUGCGCGUCUCAGCCCGCGAAGGCCGAAGCGGCAGGCAGCGGAGGCGCUGUUGGCGCCGGCCCGAGGCGGGGGUUCCUGUGGAGAAGUGUGUCCCAGCUCCACGUGCUGGCCUCGCUUCCCUGAGAGUCUCAGGGGUUGCGUUUCGUCUCAGCCUGCAUUUCAGCCAACCUCUGCUCCCCUGAGAACAGGCCAGUAUGCCCAAGAUAACCUUGAACGGUGUGACAGUGGAUUUCCCAUUCCAGCCAUAUAAAUGUCAACAGGAAUACAUGGCCAAGGUCCUGGAAUGUCUGCAGAAGAAAGUCAACGGCAUUCUGGAGAGCCCCACAGGCACCGGGAAGACUCUGUGCCUGCUCUGCACCACGCUGGCCUGGCGGGAGCAUCUCCGAGAUGCCAUCUCUGCCCGUAAGAUUGCCGAGAGGGCCCAAGGAGCACUCUUUCCUGAUCAGGACUUUUCGUCUUGGGGGAAUUCCACUGCCGGUGGAGACACCACAGCUUCCUACACGGACAUCCCAAAGAUCAUUUAUGCCUCCAGGACCCACUCGCAGCUCACGCAAGUCAUCGGCGAGCUUCGGAACACUUCCUACAGGCCCAAGGUGUGUGUGCUGGGCUCCCGGGAGCAGCUGUGCAUCCACCCCGAGGUGAAGAAGCAGGAGAGUAACCACCUGCAGAUCCAUUUGUGCCGCAAGAAGGUGGCAAGUCGCUCCUGCCAUUUCUACAACAAUGUCGAAGAGAAGAGCCUGGAGCAGGAGCUGGUUACUCCCAUCCUGGACAUCGAGGACCUGGUCAAGAGCGGGGGCCGGCACAAUGUUUGCCCUUAUUACCUUUCUCGGAACCUGAAGCAACAGGCGGACAUCGUCUUUAUGCCGUACAAUUACUUGUUGGAUGCCAAGAGUCGCAGAGCGCACAGCAUCGACCUGAAGGGGGCGGUCGUGAUCUUCGACGAGGCGCACAACCUGGAGAAGAUGUGCGAGGAGUCGGCAUCCUUUGACCUGACUCCCCACGACGUGGCUUCUGCACUGGACGCCAUGGGCCAGGUGCUAGAGGAGCAGACCAGGGCGGCCCAGCUGGGAGAAGGCCACCGGGAGUUCAGCGCAGACGUUGCCAGCUCAGGGCUGAACAUGGAGCUUGAAGACCUUGCAAAGCUGAAGAUGAUCCUCCUUCACCUGGAGGGGGCCAUCGAUGCCAUCCGGCUGCCAGGAGAUGACAGUGGGGUCACCAAGCCCGGGAGCUACAUCUUUGAGCUGCUGGCCGAAGCCCAGAUAACGCUUCAGACCAAGAGCUGCAUCCUGGACUCGCUGGACCAGGUCAUCCAGCACCUGGCGGGACGUGCAGGGGUCUUCACCAACACAGCGGGACUGCAGAAACUCGUGGACAUCAUCCAGGGCAUUCUGUGUGUCACUUCUCCGUGCUCUGGGGCCGAGGAACACAGCCCUGGAACGGGCCUUCUCGUGCCUGCGUGUGAAGAUUUCUUGGUUUCUCCACCACUCGUUUUCAGCACUGACAUCCCCGAGGGCAGCCCCAGUUCUGUGGUGGGACAGGGGGUCUCGAGGUCCUACAAGGUGCACGUCCACCCCGACACCAGUCAACGGAGAAGAGCUCAGCGCUCAGACGCCUGGGGUGCUGCUGUUGCCAGAAAGCCAGGAAAGGUGCUGAGCUACUGGUGCUUCAGCCCCGGGCACACCAUGCACGAGCUCGUCCGUCAGGGCGUCCGCUCCCUAAUCCUCACCAGUGGCACGCUGGCCCCCGUGUCCUCCUUCGCCCUGGAGAUGCAGAUCCCUUUUCCAGUCUGCCUGGAGAACCCGCAUGUCAUCGAGAAGCAGCAGAUCUGGGUGGGGGUCGUCCCCAGAGGCCCGGACGGGGCCCAGUUGAGCUCUGCGUUUGACAAGCGGUUUUCCGAGGAGUGCUUGUCCUCCCUGGGGAAAGCCCUCGGAAACAUCGCGCGAGUGGUCCCUCGCGGCCUCCUGGUCUUCUUCCCUUCCUACCCCGCCAUGGAGAAGAGCCUGGAGUUCUGGCGGGCCCGCGAUUUUGCCAGAAAGAUCGAGGAGCUGAAGCCGAUAUUUAUGGAGCCGAGAAGCAAAAGUGGCUUCGCAGAGGUAAUGGACGCCUACUAUGCCAGGGUCGCCUGCCCAGGGGCCACCGGGGCCUCCUUCCUGGCCGUGUGCCGGGGGAAGGCCAGCGAGGGGCUGGACUUCGCGGACGGCAACGCCCGAGGUGUGGUCGUCACGGGCCUCCCAUACCCACCACGGAUGGACCCCCGGGUGGUCCUCAAGAUGCAGUUCCUGGAUGAGAUGAGGGGCCAGAGUGGAGCCGGGGUCCCGGUGAGGGGCUGUGGGCCAGGGGCAGGGCAGCUCUUCUCCGGAGGGGCUGUGACCACGUCCUCCCUGCAGUCCCUCUCCGGGCACGAGUGGUACCGGCAGCAGGCGUCCCGGGCUGUGAACCAGGCUCUCGGGCGGGUGAUCCGGCACCGCCGGGACUACGGGGCCGUCUUCCUCUGUGACCACAGGUUCACCUCUGCGGACGCCAGGGCUCAGCUCCCCUCCUGGGUGCGCCCCUACGUCAGGGUGUACGACAGCUUCGGACCCGUCGUCCGGGACGUGGCCCAGUUCUUCCGCGUGGCUCAGAAAGCUGUGCCCGAGCCUGGGCCCCAGGCCCCCGCCCCGAGCCCGGCUGAGGGAGAAGGUGCUGUCUCUGGUGCUGCGCUCCCUGGGCCCCCCGCCCCAGCCAGGAAAGCCAGGACCCUGGACGUACACGUGCCCAGCCUGAGGCGGAAGCCAGAGGGGGACGCCGAGAACAGCCUCUGUGUGGAGUAUGCACAGGGGUCAGCGGGUCCCCAGCGGAGGCCCCCGGGGCUGCUGGCCGCCCUGGAGCACAGUGAGCGCCAGACCGGGGGGCCCGAGGACGGGGCCCUCCCCACGGAGGAGCUGGUGCACCAUCGCCCCAGCCCGUCCCUGCAGCCCAAGGCUUCACGAGGUGGGCGGAAGAGGAUCAAACUCGCCAGUGGCCUGGAGGAGUGUGAGCCGGUGCUGGGGGAACAGGCAGGCAGAGCCAAGCUCUUUAUGGCGGCCGUGAAGCAGGCGCUAAGCCAAGCCAACUUCGCCACCUUCACCCGGGCCCUGCAGGGCUACAAGGGCUCUGACGACCUCCCCACCCUGGUGGCCACGCUCGGGCCCCUCUUUGCUGAGGACCCGGGGAGGCAUGGCCUGCUCCGAGGUUUCUACCAGUUUGUGCGGCCUCACCACAAGCAGCAGUUUGAUGCAGCCUGCCUCCAGCUGACAGGCCGGGGCUGUGGCCACCACCCCGAGGACAGCGUUCCCCAGGACCCCAGGGGAAGGAGGAAGCCUAACUCCAAGCUGACCCUCUCCAAGGAUGCGGCUGGACAGCUGGACCCCACUGAGCACCUGAACCAGGGGGGACCCCACCUGGCCUCCAGGGCUCCCACUGCAGGAGAGCCAGGCAGCCGCCCACCCACUGAGAAGCGGGGCUCAGCUGCCACGACCACCUACCUGGCAGACGUCCGCAAGGCCCUGGGCUCCACAGGCUGCAGCCAGCUCCUGGCAGCACUGAAAGACUACAAGAGGGACAAUGACUAUGAGAAGGCAGUGGCUGUGGUGGCCGCACUCACCACUGCGAGGCCUGAGGACUUCCCCCUGCUGCAGAGGUUUGGCAUGUUUGUGCGCCCGCACCACAAGCAGCAGUUCUGGCAGACGUGCACAGACCUGACGGGCCUGCCUGCCCCAGGUGGGGGCCUGGAGCUGCGGGGACCCCUGGAUGAGAGCCCCACUGUGCCCUCUGGCCCCGGGAUCCCAGCCAACCUCGUCCAGGAGACUCUGGUAGCGCCCAGGCCAGGCCCCUCACAGCCCGAAAAACCUGAGAGGGUCCAGAGCAAGGUUUCCUCCUUCUGCCGCCAGCAGAGGCCGGCCGACGGUGUGGGGCCCAGUCGGGUGCCCCUACCCCCCCGUGGCCACGUGGAACCCGAAUGGGCCCCUGCAGGAGGCCCCGGGUGCCCAGGCUGCGGGGCGGAGGACGAGGUGCCCUUCCAGUGCCCGGCCUGUGACUUCCACCGCUGCCAGGCCUGCUGGCGUCGGCGCCUCCAGACCUCUAAGACGUGCCCGGCUUGCCACGCUGUCACCAGGAAGCAGAGCCUCACGCAAGUCGUCUUCUGGGCCUAGCCCCUUGCUGCCACCCUGGCGUCUGGAGGGGCUGAGGCCACCUGGGGACACGACUCGGACACUUGCCUCCACAUCCCCCAGUGGGCUGGGCCACCACCAGCAUCCCUCCAGCUGAGAGCCCAGCAGUCGGGGGGCCCCAUCCCAGUGCAGCCCCCGAGACCCACAGGCCAGGCAGACGGGGGUCCUGAGUCUUCAGCUGGACCUCCCACAUGCCUGGGAGAAGGCAGACCCCUCCUUGGCGCCUGUGUGCUGCUGGGUGCGUCUCCAGGACAGGACCCAGGGGCUUCCCGGCUGAGCCCCGGGCCUGGCAGGCAGGGGGCACUCCCUGGGGCCUGUGUGUGACCAGGUGACGGCUCUAAUAAAGCUGCUGGCACUGUCCACAACAGGA